GUUCCUUAAAGGGGAAGUGAGCGGGCUCCGGGGCGGACGCACGGGGCGGCGGUCGGCUAGGGACGCGCCAGGCGCUUCAAAAUAAUGCCCGCGGCGGCCGCGCGACCAUGCAAUGGCGAGCGCUCGUCCUGGGGCUGGUGCUGCUACGCCUCGGCCUCCAUGCGGUGCUCUGGUUGGUCUUCGGGCUGGGGCCCAGCAUGGGCUUCUACCAGCGCUUUCCGCUCAGCUUCGGCUUCCAGCGCUUGAGGGACCCCGACGAUUCGGGGCCAGUGGGUCCGCCCGGAGGCCCGGCCUGGCUGCAGCGGUCAAGGCGCGGGGCAGAGGGGCGGCUCGAGAACUCGCCGGGGCCGAGGCCGGGCGUGUGCGGCCCGUCGCACUGGGGCUAUGCCCUGGGCGGCCGUGGCUGCGGCCCGGACGAGUACGAGCGGCGCUACAGCGGCGCCUUCCCGCCGCAGCUGCGUGCCCAGAUGCGCGACCUGGCGCGGGGCAUGUUCGUCUUUGGCUAUGACAACUACAUGGCGCACGCCUUUCCGCAAGACGAGCUCAACCCCAUCUACUGCCGCGGCCGGGGACCGGACCGCGGAGACCCCUCAAAUCUGAACAUCAAUGAUGUCCUGGGGAAUUACUCCCUGACUCUAGUUGAUGCCUUGGACACACUUGCAAUAAUGGGAAAUUCAUCCGAGUUCCAGAAAGCAGUCAAGUUAGUGAUCAACACUGUUUCAUUUGACAAAGAUUCCACCGUCCAAGUCUUUGAGGCUACGAUAAGGGUUCUGGGAAGCCUCCUUUCUGCUCACAGAAUAAUAACCGACUCCAAGCAGCCCUUUGGUGACAUGACAAUUGAGGAUUAUGAUAAUGAAUUGUUGUACAUGGCCCAUGACCUGGCCAUGCGGCUCUUGCCAGCUUUUGAAAACACCAAGACAGGGAUCCCCUACCCUCGGGUGAAUCUGAAGACGGGUGUUCCUCCUGACAGCAAUAAUGAAACCUGCACGGCGGGCGCUGGCUCUCUCCUGGUGGAAUUUGGGAUUCUGAGCCGGCUGCUGGGGGAUCCUACUUUUGAGUGGGUUGCUAGACGAGCUGUGAAAGCCCUCUGGAACCUUCGGAGCAAUGACACAGGAUUAUUAGGCAAUGUUGUGAACAUCCAGACAGGCCAUUGGGUUGGAAAGCAGAGCGGCUUGGGUGCUGGGCUGGAUUCCUUCUAUGAAUACCUCUUGAAAUCUUACAUUCUUUUUGGAGAAAAAGAAGACCUAGAGAUGUUCAAUGCAGCUUAUCAGAGCAUCCAGAGCUACCUGCGAAGAGGCCGGGAAGCCUGCAACGAAGGAGAAGGAGACCCGCCACUCUAUGUCAACGUGAAUAUGUUCAGUGGGCAGCUCAUGAACACUUGGAUUGACUCUCUGCAGGCUUUCUUCCCUGGACUGCAGGUUCUGAUAGGGGAUGUGGAAGAUGCCAUCUGUCUACAUGCCUUCUACUACGCCAUAUGGAAGCGGUAUGGGGCCCUCCCUGAGCGCUAUAACUGGCAACUACAGGCCCCUGAUGUUCUCUUCUACCCUCUGAGGCCGGAGCUGGUGGAGUCCACUUAUCUGCUCUACCAGGCAACCAAGAAUCCCUUCUACCUCCAUGUAGGAAUGGACAUCCUGCAGAGCCUGGAAAAAUACACAAAAGUCAAAUGCGGGUAUGCCACACUGCAUCAUGUCAUUGACAAGUCGAAAGAGGACCGGAUGGAGAGCUUCUUUCUUAGUGAGACUUGCAAAUACUUGUAUCUGCUGUUUGACGAAGAGAAUCCAGUACACAAAUCUGGAACCAGAUACAUGUUUACAACAGAGGGCCACAUCAUAUCUGUGGACAAACGUCUUCGGGAAUUGCCUUGGAAAGAAUUAUUGGAAGAUGGGGAGCAGGACCAAGAGGAAAAGUUUGUGCACAGGCCUAAGUCCCAGGAGCUCAGAGUCAUUAACUCCAGUUCUAACUGCAAUCGUGUUCCUGAUGAGAGGAGAUACUCUCUGCCCUUGAAAAGCAUCUACAUGCGCCAGAUUGACCAAAUGGUUGGCCUGAUUUGACCUGCUCACCUCAUUGUGGCCAGACCUUAAACCAAACCCAAGCGUACCAAAAUCUCCGUGGAAGGGGUGGAGUCUGUCCAUCUAUGACGCUGUAGAAGUUUCUUUCCAGCUCUUACUCACCUCUGGUUGAUUCUUGCACUUAGUGUUUUCCUUCUGUUUAAUAAAAUACCCUAUUUUUUUCCGAAGGAUAUUAGAAAUUGGAAGCUACGUGGAGAGCUUCUUGUGAUAUGCUGAUGUUCUUAAGCACAAUGGAUGUUACCUCUUUGGAUUGUUCUUCCUAACUUCAUGCAGAGAACCCCGGUCUCCUCGCUUUCCUCCACUUAACUGUGCUGAAGUAUUGCUACCUCUUUGCUAGAGGAUCAGGAAUGUAAUUCCUGGGCAAAGGUCCUGAGGUUCACUUGGCAUCACUACUUACUGCAGUGAAAGUGUCAUCCUUUCUCUCUCUUAUGGAACCAUUGGGCUGU